AUGGCAUUCAGCCAUGAAGUACGCGCCCACGGUCGGUUUUCGAAGUUGGUGGAAAAAAAUAGAGCACAGUUUAUUGGCGUCGGGUUUUCUUCAUUUAGGUCUGUUACAGUCUUCAAAAAGACACUAAAGCAAACUUGGACGAGUAAGGUAUUUCUUUUUUUCUAUUAUAUCCUCUUAACGUUCAUUUUAGUGUCCUGCUGUGCAUCGUUUUUCUACGUGCAUCAUGCUCUGGCGUGCAGUAAGCUUAUAAAAAUACUUUUUUGCAAUUUUCCGCAAACAGUUAAAUUCCUUCUUUCAGUUUUAACCUGCUUGAAGGGAUAAAAGUGUUGCAAAGAAAUUUACAUAUAUUUUAUGAGUUCACUGUCAUCGCAUACUUAAGAUGGAGACGUUUUCGGGGCGACGGCGACCGGACUGGCAGAGAAAGCCUGGAACUAAGGCAGCCGUCGCUUCCCGUCAAAAAUAGAACAUUAAGAUCGCAGUGAACUCAGAAGGACGGCGCCUUUAAUUAGAAGAAUACCGAAGAGGAAAAUAUGGCUUCACAUGAAGAAUUAAAAGAAUAAAUAUUUGCUAUGCAGACAACAUGUAUCGGAUGAAGAGUUUCUCGUUUUGUGGGAAAAUUAUGAGUCCAAAAAUCCCGAUUUUCCUCGGGACAGUUACGAUCCGUUCACGCUAAAAAACAUGCGGGAUGCAGCUGAGUUCCAGGCAGAAUUCCGUGUUGAAAAAAAAGAGACCUCCACAGGCUUGCCGAAGCCUUGCAAAGUACAGGAACAUUAAAAUGCUACCAAGGAACCGUAUUCUUAGUUUGGUAUUGAAAUAAUUCCCGGGAAAUACUUGCAUGCAACAACGGCAACAACUUUAUUUCAGUAUUGCCACACCGAGUUAUUACAUGGUAUUACCUACUAUUCUAUAUAAUUUUCAAUGCGUUUCACUUAUACGAUAUUCUAACGAAAAGAGCGAACUAAAAAAACACAAUUGCAAUAUCGGAGUUCAUAUUUUGUGUCUGGAUACUUUUAUUUGGCUCGUAGGAAAAUUUUGUCCAUGUCAAGCUCACUUACGGUUGGCUGUUUGCCAAGUUGGAUCUUGACCCUGUGACAUGAAAACAUAGAAACAUUAUAAAGAUGUAAGUUUAGAUAACAGAGCUUGGAAAUCGAGCUUGAAAUGUGCCUCGAAGAAAACAAGGACAAUUUAAGAACGAUAAUCUGCAAAAUGUUGGUUGCUAAACGCAACAAACCUGAUUGAAAUGAAAGUUAAAUACUCGCGUUUUCGCCACAACGCCAAACAGACCAGUUUCACGUUGCCGACGGCACCACGAUGGCAAGGUGGUGAGCACGAGCAUGCGCAGUAUCCAACAAUGAUGAUGUCACGUCCGGUUGAAGUUGCCGUCGCCCCGAAAACGUCACUAUCUUAAGUUCCCUAAUGGCAAUCACCCCUUACGAAAUGAGACACUAUCUUUUUUCUAUCUUAAAGCUAGUUAAACAAACUAUCUACAAGCUAUCUUGUUUCUAGUUUAUUCCUAUCUUCAUGCCCUGUAAGUAAGUAAGUAAGUAAGUAAUUUUAUUUAACCACAUAUCGCAUAUGAGCGAUAGCUCGUUUAAAUGCAAAUGUGCCAUAAAAAUUACAACGUGAUAAUUUACAUAAUCUACAUGUACAAGUAAUGAAUAAAAAUAAGAAAUAGAAAAGUUAAACCAACUAAAAGAUAAUAAUAAUUUAAAAAGAAAAAAUAUUGGUAAUCAGAUUGUCUAUUAACAAAAUUCACAGUUGCAGUCAUACGAUGAAGACAACUGUAUGUUUUGUAAGUUUUUCCUAAAGAUAGAGAGGGACUCCGACAUCCUUAUUUUGUCUGGUAGACUGUUCCAUUGUUUGCCAGCCUGGUACGUGAAAGAAUGUUGCAUAUAAGAUGAGGUCGGUCUUGGAAGAACAACCUUAAGAUGGCCCCGUAGGCUGUAACCAUUGCUUCGCAGUAAAAACAUUUCCUGAAUGUAGUUCGGUGCCCGGUUAUAAAUGCUAUUGUAUACAAGUAUCAGUGCUUGUUCUAUGCGUCGAUGUUCCAAGCUUUUGAUAUGUACAGUUUUAAGUAGCUCUUCAUAAGCAGUCGACUUGGAGUAGUUAAGAAGAGUCCUAAGAGCAAAUGCAUUGGUUGACUCUAGUUUUGCAGACAAACCUUUACUUAGACCUAUGAACAAUGGUGAUGCGUAUUCAAAGUGAGGCAGAAUAAAUGCUUUGUACAGUUUAAUCAUAAUAUCUGAGGGUAUAAGUUUACGAAUGCGACGAAGAAUUGAAACUUUUGUGUUCACUUUCCGGCAAAUUUCUUUAAUAUGUGCUUUAAAAGAGAGUGAAUUGUCGAUAAUUACACCAAGGAGCUAGAUCUGUGGAACGUAAUCCAGUUCAUUGCUGUCAAUAACAAAGGGCGUUGGUAGAGUUGCUCUAUUGAAGAUGAUGGAUUGAGAUUUACUAUGGUUGAUCGCCAGGAAGUUCUUACAAAACCAGGAAACGAGUAGACCAAGGUUGUUUUGUAGAUUUAUUUGCAAGGUGGAUGGACAAGGGCUUGAAGAAUACCCCGUAGUGUCAUCGGCAUAGAAUCUUAAGGAGCACGAAAUAUCUGAAAAAUUCGCAUCAUUCAUGUAUACAUUGAAGAGAAGGGGACCCAAGAUUGAACCUUGAGGAACUCCACACUUCAUAAUUUGCCAAUCUGACAGGUUACCGUCUAUCUUGACAUGUUGCUUUCGGUCAGUCAAGUAAGAACGUAGAAGUUGUAGGGUGUCUUCAGUUACACCGUACGCUGACAGCUUUGCAAGAAGCAAAUUAUGGUUAAUAGAGUCAAAUGCUUUGGAGAGGUCUAUGGUAAUUGCUGCAGAGUGCUCGCUAGAGUCUAAAUUUGCUCUAAUGUCUUCGCAUGUUUUGAGGAGGGCUGUGUAGCCACUAAUAACUAAUUACUAUCUUAAGCCUAUCUUAAUAAUAACUAAUUUCUAGUUAUUUGGAACCAUGCAGAUAGGCUAUCUAAAUACCAUCUUAAAAAGGAAAUUUUUGCAUCGCUGCAAUAGUUAGCUUUUGGAUACACAUAAGAUAGAGUAAAACUAGCUUUUUAUCGGCUAAGAAGCUAGUUUUCGGAUACGUUUUUGCCAAUAAUGACAUCAUUGACAUAGUUAGAAACUAGUAAUUAGAUAGAAGUUAACUAGCAAUUUACAUGUAUUAAUGGCACGAUAGAUAGCAAUAAACUAGACAUAAACUAGUUGAACGAUAGUGUUCGGAUAGCUUUAAACUAGAUGUCUGGCAGCUAAAAGCUAGUGUUUGGAUAGCUUUAAACCAGAUGGCUGAUAACUAAAAACUAGUCUUUGUAUAGCAAUAAACUAGAUGUAUGAUAUUUAAAAACUAGUGUUUGGAUAGCAAUAAAAUAGAUGUCUAAUAACUAAAAACUAGUGUUUGGAUAGCAAUAAACUAGAUGUCUAAUCUUGGCUAAAACGUAGUUAUUGGAUAGCAUUUAACUUAGUUUUUUGAUUAGCUAGAGUGGUUUGCACGGAUAAGAAUUAGAUAGACGCGGCGUAAUAAGUUGAUCAAUCUUAGUGACAUGCCGUAGUUUUAACUUAAACCUUUUAAAAAUAUAAUAAACAGUACAUUUUUAAACACGAUAAUGCAAGUCAUAUUAUAUUGAAAUAUACUUGACUGUUGCCUGUAGCCUACAGCAAAGGAUUCCAUUUUCAUUAAUAAUGAUUUAUUAGUUCCAUCACAAGCUGUUCAAAGUUCACAUCAAAUUUGAUACAACUUUAGUAUUUAAUAAUUUAUAUAAGAACUCAGCUGCAUGUCUGCGCCACUUCCUAAUUUAUCCGCAACACCUUCUUUACAUCGGAAAGCUUUUAUCCACUUGCCUUCCCCUUUUGCUCUGCAAAGAAGACAUAAAUAUUAAAGGUCAACAAUGUGCCAAUUAUAAGAAUAAAGUUAUGCCAUUAAAGAGUUCUUUAUGGUAUUAAUUGUUUUUUAAAUUUAUCGGCCACUACUUGAAUAUUGCGGAUCUAUUCAAGAGGAGCCAUAAACCCGAUUUGCCCUUAGAUCUGUUUCUCUUUACAUGUGUAAUACAGAAGAACAAUUAUAGCUAGCCAUGAAAGAAAAUAAAUUUAACCGUCUAAAACCAAACACAAACAACUUUUACUUAAUUGUUUACAGUAAGACAAUUCCAUGCUUCCAAAUAUUUGUUUAUCUUAUCUUAGCAGAAAAGGCGGCGCAUUCCAGUAGCACCAGCCAAGACUUUUAGAAAAAACCACAAGUUAAGCUCCGGAAACUUGAGGGUCACGUCACAUCGAUCGUUUUUUCAUUCAAAAAAGUAAAGAAACAGUAAAGUAAGGAAUUAUAAAAUACGCUUAUAAAAAAAUUUAUCAGUCACUGAAUGGAACAAUAACCACCAAGCUUAUUUAAGUUAUACCCUUUUUUUCGAUCAUCAUCAGCCAAAAAAUCUCUUGAUAAUAACUGACAGACGGUCUGUGACAAUCUUCUUAAAAAAAUCCUACUUAUCAUUCACGGAUAGUUGCGCUAAAGAAUACGUUUCCCAUAGGACUUUCAAAAGUGAACAAACUAUAACUGGCAUUCUUAGCGCUGACAAGCUUGAUCAGGAGUUAAACUAUAAGGUCAGUGUGCUGUUUGACUUGGCUCCGAGUUGUACUGAAUGUCACACUAAACGUUGGUACCGCUUCUUCAAGAAAAAUUUAAAACGAGCAAGAACCCACACAUACUAAAUCGACUAAAGCAAUAGAAGGUGAAUUAUACACAAACCUUAAAGAAGUGAGUAAAUCCUUUCAGUUUGAUAUCCUCUAUCCACGAUGAUUAGACCUUCGUUCAACCGACCCACGACUUCAACGGUUACUUCCAACGGCCGAAGAUCGAAUGAAAGGCGAUUGUGUCUUCGCGCGAUUUUUUAAUUGACCGAAGACCCGGAUGAAAGGCAGUCAACGGUAUUUCCGUUGUCACGUACUGCACCAGAGAGUCAACUACUGCUUGUUUGCACUCAUCAGGCUUAAAGAUAUCAGUUAUGAAUCCAAAAAGUAACAAAAUGGCUGAGAAAAAGGAAAAGUUCGGUUAUGAAGGACAGUGCAAGCGGAGAAAAAAAUUCCGAAAGGGUAUAUGAUAUCGUGGAGUUAAAGAGAUUUCGCAUUUGUGUCAUCGAUUCAACGUAGACUGAGGAAUGCUGGCGAACUCGAUCCUCAGGCAUCCUCUUCUUGUACUGAAAUAUUUAUAUUUUCAGCCUAAAGAAAGCGGUUCACCUUCAUCAUCUGCCAUCACAAAAGGGAAAUUCAGGUAUUUUGAAAAAACAGGCCUUCUUAAAAUGAGUCAGACGCGAUUGAUCAAGAUUGAUAUUGCAGUAACGGUAUUAUCGUGUCGUGUGGAAGGUAAUCGAGCUUGGCACGAUAAUUAAUUAUUACAGUCCUCCAACGCACAACUGAGCACAACGCUUUUUAGAGAAAAAUUUUCGCAAAUGGCUGUUCACUAUUACAAGGUAUUGUUGAUACACAUGUAGGAAACUGAAAUGAAAAAGGAAAUAAUCAAAGCAAGCCUUUAUCGAGAAAUUGUGGUGUGGAUAAUGUGAUUCUCUGUGACUUUAGAAUUAAAUGGUUUUGUGAAGCACUAAUAUAUAAAAGCGUCUCAGUCUUACAUUAAGUUUAAAAUACAGUGCAAGUCUUGAUUAAUCGAGCUUUCUGUGUAUAAAAUAAGUGAGCAUUGCCAACUAGCUGACUAACUGUGACAAAUUAUUUUUUGAUAGAAUUUACAAUAAUUUGCUAUAGAAAUGGUCGGCUUAAUAAGGAUACCCUAUGUUAUUACAGUACUAUUUGCCGACAUUGGGAAGUGCCAUAUUAUAGUUAAUAUUGGUAGGUUUGAGGCUAUCUUUUCACUACCUAUGUUCAAGAUAGUUUUAAGAUAGGUUAUAAAGUGUUUCAUGAGAAACAGAUAGCUUUCAAAUAGCCUAACUUUUCACUAUCUUUUCCAAGAUAGCUUUUGGAUAGCAUAUUAAAUGGCUUUAUGGACAAUGGAUAGAUUUAAGAUAGGCUAUCUUUUUACUAUCCACUACUAAGUUAGUACUAAGAUAGUAGAGAGUUUAACUUUACAAAAAGGAAAUAGAAAUCAGAUAGCCUAGCUUUUAACUAACUCCAGUGAAGAUAGUUUUCAGAUAGCUGAGAUAGUAGUUGGUUAGGCUAUCUUUUUGCUAUCUACAUAGGUAGUUAGUUUUAAGACACUCUAUCUAUCUCCUAACUACCGGGCAGAUAUAUAAUAGUUAGCACAAAACUAGGACAGAGAUAGCUAUGCACUAUCCGCUCAAACUCUAAAAUAGCAAAAAGAUAGCGAGUUUUGUUGAGGAACUAGAUUUUAGAUAGUUGAAACUAGUUUUAAGAUAGCAAUAAACUAGCAAUAAGAUAUGAUCAUUUUUGUAAGGGACUGCAACUGGUCCGUAUAUUUAACAGUUAAGGUAUUUUUAGGUAGAUAUUUUAUUUAUUUGCCACACAAUUACAAUAAUUACUUAAAGAUGCCAAAAGAAAAAAAAAUUGUAGGAAGAGAUGGUGAGGAGGCCUAAAAGAAACUAUAGAGCUUAUGUUAAUUAGGCCUCCUCAAUUACAAUUUUUCGAAGAUGGCAUAAAAAUUACGGCUCGGACGGGUACAAUAUAAUAUCAGGUGAAAAAUUAAACUAAUCAAUAUUACGGAAGUUUACAAAUGUUGAAUAUUAAAAGGCUUCUUCCCAAGAUUUUUGUUGAAGUAUACUAAUAAUUAUUACAAAUAAAUGCCUUAAGUGCUCUUUUAAAGGAGAAAGGUGAGGAAGCGUUGAUGAUGUUGGUGUUUAAGGUGUUAUAAAAUUUAGGUCCUUGAUAAAAAACGGAAAAUUGCUUGGUUCGAGUACGACAGAAAGGCAGACGAAAUUUACACAAGUUUCUUGUAUUAUACAAAUGAAUUUGACUUUGUAAGGUAAAUUUACAAUGAAAUUUUAAAGGUAGAGUAUGGUUUUGAUAGGAGUACAUGAAUAAGCCUAGUUGUAUUAAGUAUAUAUCAUGAAAUUUUAAGAUACCAAGAUUUUGAAAGAUUGGGUCAGUAUGUGCAUCGAAAGUGGUUUUAGCUAUAGUUCUGAUCACUCGUUUCUGUAAAAUCUCAAGACGAAUAAGGUUAGUUCUGUAAGUAGAGGCCCAAACUAAGUUGCAGUAAAAAAGGUAUGGAUAGACUAAUAUAGUGUUCGUAAGGUUUUCGUGGAUAAAUAGAAACUGGAUUUACGAAUAAUUCCUGUGCAUUUAGAAACUUUAUUGGCGACAUGUGAGAUUUCAGAUUUCCAAUUUAAAUUUUCAUCCAUGAUUACUCCCAGGAAAACUGUUUCUUUUACUUGAUCAAUUUUUUGACUAUUAAUUAAAAGUUGAAUAGUUUGAUUUGUACGCUUUUGGGAUGGUUUAAAUGCAAUGAAUUUGGUUUUUUUCAAGUUUAAUGAAAGCCUGUUAGCUCUAAAUCAUAUUGACAACUUAUUUAGUUCAGCGUUCAGUAUAUUAGUAAGGCAGUCUUUAUCCUUGUGAGACACAAAUACGUUUGUAUCAUCGGCAAAUAAUAUCAGUUGUAAUAUUGUUGACGUGUUGAUUAUAUCGUUGAUGUAGAGCAGAAAAAACAAAAGCCCUAGUAUUGAACCUUGGGGAACGCCACACAUGAUAUUAGCACGAUACGAAACAUAACCAUUGUAUUCUACAAAUUGAAGUCUGUUGGAAAAAUAGCUCUUAAUCCAUUUCAGAGCCAAGCCACAUAUACCAUAGUGUUCAAGUUUAUCAAAUAAGAUGGAAUGAUUGACUGUGAUCAAAAGCUUUCGAGAGAUCUAAAAAGACACCAACCGCUAAUUCACCACGAUCAAUAGCAGAUGAAAUUUUUUCAUGCAAAUCAAUCAAGGCAAGCGUCGUAGAGUGGUUUUUCCUGAAGCCGAACUGGUUAUGACAGAGAAUAUGUAAAUUAGUUAAAUAAUCAUACAAACGAUUAUAGAUGAUUCUCUCUAGAAAUUUUGAAAAGCUUGGUAGAACCGAGACAGGCCUAUAGUUGGUGAAUAGUGACUGGUCAUCAGCUUUAAACAGUGGUACCACACGAGCUAUUUUCAUUUGAUCUGGUACAACGCCAUGAGCGAUCGAUAAAUUCAUAAUGUGAGCCAGAGGUCCCGAAAUGAUUUGAAUGGAUUCCUUAAUUAUAGACAUUGGAAUAUUAUCAUAUCCAGCUGCUUUCCCGGAAGCAAAAGAUUGAGCAAUGGUAGUAAUUUCAUCCUCUUUUGUUGGGCUAAAAAAGAUUAAUUCUCGAAAUGAUCCAGAUAGAAAAUCUUUAUGUGAACAAGGAGGAGGCUGUAUCUUCUUUGCGAGGUUGGGACCAAUACUAGAGAAGUAGCUGCAAAACCUAUUUGCUACUUCCACUGGAUCAGAAAUCUCCUGACCGUCUGACUUAAAUAUUGUAUUUAAUUGAGGCCUCGACUUUUUUCUAUUUAAGACUUCGUUGAAAAUUUUCCAGGUCGCAUGUGUAUUUGAUUUAGCAUCUUCCAAUUUCUUUUCAUAAUACCGAUGCUUAGCCAAACGCAAGGUGUGAUUCAAUUUGUUCUUGUAUCUUUUGUAGAGUGAACAAUUGUCGACUGUUGGAACUUGAAGAUAUUUUUUGUAAAGUUUAUUCUUUGUUUUAAUUGAUUUAAGAAGAGCUUUCGUUAACCACGGUUUUUUAAAGCGCCUCUGCUUUCUAGUCGCCUUCUUGAGAGGGAAGCAAUCAUUAUAAAUCUUUGUAUACAUUUCAUGAAAGCGUUUGUACGCAAUAUCUGGCUCAUCACAAGUUUUAAUCGAAGACCAAUCAACAACUUCUAGUUUUUCAACAAAAGUAGGAAUAUUAUUCGGAUUCUUAUCUCUAAUAAAGAAGGGGUCUUGUGGACAUCGAUUUACCGACGUGUUAACGUUAUCUGAAUGAAUUGAGAAGACGGGUAGAUGAUCUGAAAUGUCAGUAAAUAAUAAGCCGCUUCUCGAACGUUCAAAAAAGUUGUUCGCAAAAAUAUUAUCUAUUAACGUAGCAGUAUGUGAAGUAAUUCUCGAGGGACGCGUAAUCAAAGGAAAAAACAUAUUAGAGUACAUUCCAUCUAGGAAUUGGCCUGUGAGGUGAUGAUUUUGGUAGUUAAUUAAAUUAAUAUUAAAGUCCCCCAUUAGGAAGCAUAUUUUGUUUUCUCUAGAGAUAUUACCUAACAACUCAUUGUUUGUAGACAAGAAAUCAUCGAGUCUAUGAUUUGGCGGUCUGUAAACAAUACCAACAAUUAUAUUUUUUUCUUGAGGUCUUAUUAAUUCAAUGAACAGUGAUUCUACAGUAUCAACAUUAUGGAGGGACAAAUCUUCUUGAAGUUUGAACUCUAGAUCGUUUGAAAUAUAAAGCCCUACCCCACCUCCAGUUCUAUUUUGCCUAUACUUGUGAAGAAAUUUGAAACCAUUAAUAUCGACCGAAUGAGCAGAAUCGUUUAGCCAGGUCUCAGAAAUUCCGAUUACAGAAAAUUUUAUGUUUAAGCAUGAUAGAUAGUCAGUCAGCUUUACUAAAUUAUGAGGAAGACUACGAAUAUUAAGAUGUAGGAAAGAGAAAUCGGCAUCAGAACAAUUUUCGCGUCUGAGCAUUUCGUUAAAUUGAUUUUCAAUAAAAUAGUCGCAGGGUGUCUCAACUGCAUGAAAAUUAAUGUCAGGAUCAAGACUGCCAGACAGUGUCAAAGAAGCGUUUGAGUUUGAAAAAAUUGGAUUGUAACGUAAGCUAGAAAAUCUAUCGGGAUCAAAGUGAACAGGACCAUUCUGUAGUUCAUAUAGCGCCAGAGAAAAGCUAGCGAGUAUUGUGUCACUGUAAUAAACUUAUCUAAUUUAACCACUUAUCUGAUUUAAUCACGUCUGUCCUUUACAAUCAAUUUGUCCAACACAAAGUACGCUAUUUUUCCAUUCCACUUUGCUUCCUCCAGCUUGGGUCUCUGCUCUUCACGCUUAUCAAGGGUCUCCUUAGCAAGAUCUUCAUUUACGUAUAAACCGACAGGUUUAAUUCUUCUUGUCGCCUUCAAUAUUUGCUCCUUUUGCUUAAAGUCUCGAAGUUUGCACACAAUUGUGCGAGGGUGUCUUCUAGGGCCAGAAGCAACCCUACCAACACGAUGAGCACGUUCGAUGUGGAGCGCUUCUUCAAGGUUGAGCUUCUCUGCUAUAACUUGUUUGACUUUUUCCUCUGUAGUGUCCCACGAUUCGUUUUCUUCUUCUAAGAUCCCAUCAAUUCUGAUGUUGUUUCUUCUACCCUGAUUCUCCAAAUAUUCUAAUUUGUCCAUAUGGUAGUCAAUAGAGUCGUAGAUGUCCUCGAUGUCAUCCUCUAUCUCAGCAAGUUUGGUUUUACACGGCUUUAGCUCGUCGAUAUCUUUCUGAGAGAAUUCAAGACUUUGUUUGAAUUCUUUUGUGUCCUUCUGGCAUAUGUUUAGGCAAGUCUUAAGUUCAGCCACAGUUCCAACCACUGUAUCUAGUCGAGAAUUGAAAUUGCUCACAAGCGAAUCUACAAGGGUUUUAAACAUCCUUUCUUGAAGCUGAAGUAUCUCAUUCAACAUCGCUGUCGUUACAAAUUCAUUCGAGGGAUUCUUGUCAGCGCUUGCUGAGCCGCCGGAUGUCUUAGAAUUAUGUGUUUCUGGCAUAAUUUUAGUGCACAGGAAAAACAAAAAUACUGACAAAUCGAUGAAAUAGGCAAGAAAAAGAGCGAAAUAAUCAAAAUACGAGGAGCUAAAAAAUUAGCGUCCGCCCGCCAUAAAUAUGCAAAUAGACAGUUAAAUAAAUAGUUAAUGAAUGAGGCUGAGUAUCUUAUGAAGAAUUAUGGAGAUCGAGGAGGGUGUUAUCCGUCGAGGCCGUAGGCCGAGGCGGAUAACACCCUCCAAGAUGUCCAUAAUUCUUCAUAUGAUACGAAAGCCAAAUUCAAUAACUGUUUUAUUAUUCAUUCAAAAUAAUUCCUAGUUUAAAAACAUAGCUAAAACAUGCUUACCUCCAUCGAUCCAUCGAUGUUCAGUUCAUCUUCGAUAGUGUACGUUUAGGUUUGUCCAGCUCCGCAAAUAUUCUCCAAAUGGCAGAUGUCGCCCUUCGAGUUGUCUUCUUGCUGUUCUUGCCAUGUUUUUAGCUAUUUUUUCGACUAGUUCUUACUCUUGAAAUGAGUGAAACGUCGGCCAUUUUUUCAAGUUCACAACCAAAACAACUCAACCUCAUCCCCAGGUCUUCUCGGUUAAUGGUGCCUUAACCUGCGAAAAUGCUGCAUUUUUGACGUCAUUUCCUCGUUAAAGUCAAAAUUCGUCCAAAUUUGGUCAUCAGUAACUGGUUAUGGUGAAUUAAACGUGUGCUUUUAGCCAAUCAGAAUAUUUUGAAUGAAUAAUAAAUUGAUUUAAGAUGUGGGUUCAGUUUUUUAAGCAACAUGUGUCUGCUUUUGUUGCUUUUGAAUUGUCUCGAGAACUUGCAUUUUACUAUAUGUAGCAUUUGAGUCUGUGGUAAAAUUGAAAAUUUAAAUUUAUCCACAUGCAAUGUGUGGUACUGUGAUCCUCAGCGAGUGAGGGACCAUCCAUUCAAAACAUCAGAAUGUUCCCGGUCUAAGCACUUUGGUUCAAACUGCCACAGCAAACCAGUUUGGAUUAGUAUCUAUCUUCUAAGCAGGAGGCUGCUUUUCCAAUUCUGGCAAGACCAACACUGUAGGUCCUCAAAUAACUGAGGAGUCUUUUUUGAUAAGGACAAUGAACUGCGGGUUUGGUCUCACAACCCUUGCUCACUCAAAAUCUGUGGGACUUUUAAGACGACACAUCCUGUUGAUAUAUAGUAGGGGACAUAGUCCCAGGUGUGGUGUGGUGCCCAUAUCUUCCAGCACGUGUGUGGUCAGCCUGGCUGGAUUAGCUAGAAAGGCUUCUGAGCAAAUGAGACAAUAACACCUAUACUGCCAGAAGUCAGGAUAUUGCUGGUUUGUGCCAUGUUGGUGGCCAAGAACAAAAUCAUUUCUCUCCUCUGGGAACUAAACUCUAUUUUCGUGUAAAUUCUUCGAGAAAAAAUUCUAUUGUAUUGACCCCCAACAUGGCGGCCUUGUCACGUGGUUGCAAACCAAGAGUUUGCGAGGUGUUGGAACCCUCACUCAGGAACCUCUUGUAGGUGACCACUCCCCUUAUGAAAGUGUAGCUUUAUUGGAGUUCACUUAUGGGCAGUUUCAACAUACUAAAUUAAGUCAUGUCACUUAUUUCAGUAAAUUGUGUCUUCUAUAGCCUUAAUCUUUGAACACAAAAAUCCUGUCAGAGUUCUGUAACCAAUGAAUAAAAUGGUAUUGUAACUGGCAAGUCUCCCAGUUACCUCUUUCUAAAUUUUCUGGAUCUGCCCCUGAAAUAUUGAGCGAACCUUGGGUUAUCCUACCCCUGCUUUUAACAACCUGGCCAUACAGAAAGAGCAAAAUAUAAUUGCUCGACAAAUGCUUCAGUGAGUGAAAUGCUUAGCAAGGAAGGAAGUAACUUGGGGCUAUAUUCUAGGCCCCUCUUUUUGUCCAACAGUUUGAUGGUUUGUGGUUUUUUUUGGUUCAGAUGCCAGAAAUUAAGCUACAAAGCUCCGAUGGAGAAAUUUAUGAAGUUGAUGUAGAAGUGGCCAAAGCGUCCGUCACAAUAAAAACUAUGCUUGAAGGUGAGUUCAAAGGAGAAGCCCUUUUUGUGAUUACACAUAACAUUGUGAAAUGAUGAAUAUACGAAUUGCAUAUAUUUGAACUGCACGGUGAAGAAAUAAAUGCAGAGAUGAUCAUCACAUCUCUACGUUUACAUAACAUUGUAUUCAGUAUUUAUAACACAGUUUCAUAUCUACAACAUAUUGGAGAAUGAAUGUUGUCUGUGUUAUUAUAAAUAGACAUAAGACAUCAGGACAUUAUUUCAUUUUUUAAAAAAUAUAAAUGGUUUUCGUUACUUUAAGGGGAACUUCACUCUAUAUUAACAACUCAAGCAAGUGCAUGAGAAAAUGACAGUUUGAUGUGCCAGGGUGAAAAUUACUGGCUAUGUACAGUGAAUCAUGAUUGACAGUUGGUGCUUAUUUUAGAGUGGGUUUCAUUCUCCUUUUAGAGAUUGUAAAAACUUGACUGAACAACAGUCACGACCAUCUCAAGUGCUUCUUUUUUGACGGUGUCAAUCUUAGAGAGUCCAUAGGAAAAAGUUGUACAAGGCUAUGUGCAAGGAAAAAAAUGAUGCCACAGAAAGCUAAUAUUUUGAGAUUAAAAUGCAGGCAGUUUACUCAACCUUGAGGUCUUCAUGGUUUGACCCAUAGUACCAUGCUUUAAUUUUUAGAUCUUGGCAUGGAUGAAGACGAUGAUGAACCAGUCCCACUUCCCAAUGUCAAUGCAGCCAUUCUUGCCAAGGUAAAUACAGUGCAUCAUAGAUACAGCCUUUUUAUAUGGAGCCUGUGUCAUUUGCUAGUGUUGAAGAGGUUUCAGUUGAAUGGUUACACAGGAUUUCAUCCACAGACCCAGAUUUAGAACUACGCACUAAAUAAAUGGUACCGUAUGAAAGUACUGCUUAAGAGGUUUCAUUUGAAUGGCCAUACCACAGAACUUCAUUCACAGACUGAAAGGUAGAACUACAUUGGAAACAAAUAGCACCAUGGUAAAUCACUUAGACUGUGAUUUAAAGUUUUAGGCAAAUUGUCUCCAUAAGAGUGUUAGCAUCAAGGCUUAUAAAAAGUGGACACAGUCUUACUUCCUGUUGACGUGUGUGGCUCAAAAAUGCCUGUACUUAAGCUCCCUAAUUUUCAUCUUGCCCUGUGCUGUUCAAGUAAGGAUAGUCACAGUGGCAGCCCUUGUUAAAAGCUUGCACUGUAAGUAAUCAGCUUUUUUGUUAUUUUGUAGGUGAUCAAGUGGGCUCAGAAACACAAGGACGACCCACCACCACCAGAUGAUGAUGAAAACAAAGAGAAAAGAACAGAUGACAUUGAUCCUUGGGAUCAAGAAUUCCUCAAAGUCGACCAGGGAACACUUUUUGAGUUAAUUCUUGUGAGUAUUAAUAGAACUGUCAGUGCUAGUCUGAGCUUAACUUUUUGGGAACCUACAUUUUUGAUAUGGUCACUAGAAAUGAAAUACCGAAAGCCUAAAAAAAAGUAGACGCAAUUGAAUUUGGAGCCACAUGCAACAUCUCACGGCUUAAUACCUGGACAGAGAGUUUAAAGGAGGUGAAUUAUGAAAAUUGGAGCAUGUAUAAUAUCUCAUUCAAAUGUUUUAUGAUCUCGCUGUAAUUGGAAAAUUAUCAACUGAGCUAUCCUGCCCUUUUAAUUACAGUGUAUGAGUUGCAGUUAAUUUUUUAUCUCAGGUAAUUUUUAUUUUUCCUUUGUUUCAAUUUCAUUAGUAUACAUUACCCUACCCCAAAACAAAAGAAAAACAAAACUUAAUUGAGAUGAAAAAUUGACCACAACAUAUGCAUUAAAAUAAUAUUGUUUCAGUCAUUUGACUUGUUCUUUCAUUGCAGGCUGCAAACUACCUUGAUAUCAAAGGACUUCUAGAUGUGACAUGUAAAACAGUUGCCAACAUGAUCAAAGGUAUUCUUCUAUUUUAUUGCUUUUUGAGUUCAGUCUGUGCCCCCAUUAGUAUGAAAUGUCAGCCAUCUCCACCCCCUAAGUCAAAAUUAAAGUGUACUGCAGUAAAAACCCACAUAUAAGAACUUACUUUUUUGAAGUAUGGCAAAAUAGGUUCUUGUAUUUUGGAGUAUUUAUUAGCAAUUUAGGCUAAGUAGGUUCUUAAUUGGGUUCUUAAUUUAUAUGAAGGAGAUAAGAGAUUGUUGAUUAGCAGAAAAAUAAAUAAACUUGGUUUUGGUCCUUAAAAAUACAGUAUUUAUUCACAAUUGUAUUAUUAUAAUACCCUAACAAAACUUGUUGCCGAAUUUACAUACAGUUUGGUACAGUAUGUUCUCGUUACACUUAGUCUCCCCUCGUUUUUUCCCCUCAUGUUUCUUUUUGUGCUGGCUGCCUACGAUUUAACUUGCUCCCCACUAUCUAAACGCCUGGAACAGGCUAAACAGGUUCUUGUAUUUUUGUGCAUUAUAGUGGCAAAUUUGUCCCAGGAGGUUCUUAAUUAAUUCACAGGUUCUUAUAUGCAGGUGUUUGCUGUAUUUUAUUACCAAAAUACACCUUGUAAUACCUCAAAGACAUAACCUAAGAUAUUUUAAAUGUAUAUCUUGAAUCCUGAGCAAAUUCAUGUUGAAAGACCAAUAUGCAAUAGGACAAGAAAAUAAUUAAUUGAUUGAUUUGAUUUAGUGUAAAUCAUAUUGAGAAUAAGUUUACAUUCAUCUUCUGUACGUCAUAUCUAUAAACACAAGUCAUAUUUAGGUUUCAAAAUUAGUCUUAAAUUUUUUGCCAACAUCCGCCUUAGUUGUAUAUUUACACUUUCAGUAACCGGUCUAUAUAUUUGAGUACUGCUAUAAGGGUUGUUUUGGUAAAAGUAAGGGACAACCAAAAAUUUUUUGCCUACUAUCGUCAAAUUUUACAAAAUGACAUCUUACACAUGAAAUUUUCAGAAUUUUACCUGUGUUUUCACAAUUUUUGUGAAAUUUGACAUAUAUUUUCUCGAGCUCCCACGAGAAAUAGUCUUUGGUGUUAUUACAGACAACUAAUUAUAUCUAUAGCCCUUGAAAAAUGUAAAAAAGAAUGUGAUAUUGUUUAUUAUUCUGGUACAAGGAUUUUGUCCACUGAAAAUUAAAAUUGCUCAAAAACCUGCUGGAUUGUGUUUCAAGCUUUCCCUCCCCCAUCCCCUCCACUCAAUGAUGUGUCGUUGUUCGUGCUACCAGUAGAAAACAACAAACACCCAACUUCAAAUGGAGGGGAGGAGGGAGGGGUGUGGGUAACUUGUUUUGUUCUUUACAGUUACCCUAAUAGAGUUGAGUGCAAUGUCUGAACAAUUUUAAUGCCAAUUAUAGAUCAGUUACAGGGAACAUUUUAACCUCCCCCUCCCCCCAAAAAAAGAAUAAAUAAAGAGAUUCUGCAGUUGGUUGAUUUUCAUGCUCCAAUCCCUUAAAGAAUCUUAAAAAAUUGAAAAAUAAAGUUGGGGAUGUUUUCUUCUCAAGUGACUGGAAUUCCUGAAUGUAUGCAAAUAACUAAAUUCAAUUUGAAUUGAAUCCACCACUGUGUAUUAACCAAUAAACAGGUAAAACUCCUGAAGAAAUAAGGAAGACAUUUAAUAUCAAGAAUGACUUUACUCCAGAAGAAGAAGAACAGGUGGGUUAA